AUGACUGCAGAGAGUUUUGCAGAAUUCCUGAAUAAGCUCAAGGAAAUCCAUGAGAAAGAGGUCCAAGGUCUGCAGAGCAAGCUGACGGAGCUGACGACGGAGAAGUGCCGUGAUACCCAGAGAAUUGAAGAGCUGUUUGCUAAAAACCACCAAUUAAGGGAACAGCAGAAGGUCCUUAAAGAGAAUAUAAAGGUGUUAGAAAACAGGCUGCGAGCAGGUCUCUGUGACAGAUGCAUGGUCACCCAGGAGCUGGCAAAAAAGAAGCAGAAUGAGUAUGAGACCUCCCAUUUCCAGAGCCUGCAGCACAUCUUCAUCCUCACUAACGAGACAAAUCGUCUGAGGGAAGAGAACAAAACUCUCAAGGAAGAACUGAAGAGGCUCCAGAGCCCAGAGGAUACAACAAAGCACCUGGGAGUCACCUCCAAAGAAAGCAGCUCCACUCCCAGCUCCCCCUUGGCUUUGCUGUCCCCACCAAGCAGGAAUGCCUGCACUGAGAAAGCAGUUCACAAAGGGGCAGAUGAAGCUCACCAGGAUGUGCCAGGCAUUGAGCUGGAAGAAGACAAGCCAGCAGGACAGAGAAGCUCUCCAAGCAGUAGGAUUUCUCCAGGCACUGUCUUCCAAGAAGUCAGCCUCACAGAAAUGGCAUCCCAGAGGAUCUCCAACCAGCUGCAUGGAACCAUAGCCCUGGUGAGACCAGCUUCCAAACCUUGCCUCCUGGAGAAAAGUCCUCCAGGAUCAGCAGUGUCCCCACCAGCAAGGAAGAUUCCUCUUCCCCCAGAGAGGGAGCACAGCCCCAGCCUUGAGGCGUAUUUAGCAGCAAGCAAGCCAGACUCUCCCAAGAUCACUCCAUCCUAUGAGCACCUAAAACUGAGCACCCGCAGGGAGCAGCUCUGCCUCCUCCACAAGCACCUUUCCCUGCACCAGCUGGGGCUGGCAAGCAGCCGUGGCUCAGCAGACAGGGAUGGCAGCAGCUUCUCCAGUCACUUGCUGAGGGCCAAGGACGCCGAGGGCCGGCCGCGGCCGCGCAGCGGCUGGGAAGAUCGCGCGGCCCUGCUGAAGCUCCCUGCUGCCAUGGUGUACGUCAGGGACCAGCACCUGGAGGAGAAGCUGCACCUCCUCAAGCAGAGGGAGCGGCUGCAGCAGUUCCUCAUGCAGCAGUGCCAGGCAAGCCAGCGGGCAGGUGGAGACCCAAAGCCCACAUCUGAGGAGAGACCUCUCUCCCCAUGGCCAAGCAUCGUGCUGGGAUGCAAGGAGGAAAAGUCCUUCCUGGAGGACGCUGCAGAUGGGAAGGAAGAGAAGGAGCUUUGGCUGAGCCAGGACAGCUCUGAGCUCCGAGAAAAGGUGAAGGUGGCAAGGGAUGAUGGUGCAGAUGCACCACUGGAUCUGUCAGACUCCAGCCGUGGCAGGGAGUCAGGCUGGCACAACCGGCGGGAGCUGCAGGGAGCUGGCAGCCCACGGCAGAGCCCUGCUGUGCCAGCAGCCCAUGGGCCCUGCAGGAGGCAUGGGGCAGAGCAGGAUGACUUCUGCUUCCACCACUGCUUGUCCAAAGCCACCCGGACACUGCCUGGUACUGUUGAGAAGGAGGAGGAGGAGGAGGAGGAUGGAACUGUGCUCAGGCUCUCCCAGGCACAUCCAACAAACAGCUCCUCACCAAGUGACCCUGAGGCUCUUCCGGAGACUGGGGUGAGGCCAGCUGCCACUGUACAGAAGGAAGAAGCAGAUGAUGAGGAUGCUGAGUCUGGGAAGCAGGAAUCUGAUGAGCCAGACACGACGGAUAGUGAGGUGGCUGCCCCAUAUGAAGAUGAUAUCCUGCAAGAAGCCCAGACUGAUGGGAAAUACUUUUGCACCAAAGACAAAGCUCACGUGCUGCAGAAGAAGAGAAAAAGGGGACAGGAUAUCUGGACAAAAGGAGCUAGGAAGUCCAUGAGAGGAAGAAAGAAAGUCAAAGUGGAACAGUGCUCAGCAGGGGUCAUGAAGGAACCAGAGAACUGCUCCACUUCUCACAACACCACCUCUGAGGAGAGCUAG